GAUGGACUCUUCCGGAACCUCGGAGUAGACGACGUGGGAUAAGAGGGGAUUUUUUUUGAGGAUAGUUUUCCCCACCACCUCAACCCUGGCUAUGCCAUGCUGGCCCAGAGGAGCGGGCUCCCGCCGGGCCGCACGCCGGCGCCCCUGAAGGACCGCCCGGACCCGCGGGACGCCGGCGACGCCAAAGGGUGCUGCUCCCUCUCCCCCUCCCCGUCGGCGGGCGGGUGCCCCUGGGCUCGGCUGGCCGGGCUGGACGGCUGCCUGUCGGAGCCGUACUGCCUCUGGUUCCGGCUGCUGGCCCGAGCCUACUGGGGAGAGCUGGAGCCGGGGCUCACCGGGCCCCACCGGGGCGCGUCCUGGGCCCGGCUCAGGGACGCCUCCAGGAAGAACUGCCUCCGCUCGCGGGCCAAGCAGAAGGAUGGGCGCGAUCAGAGCGAGGCGUCGGCCGUGCCUUCCCCCGGGGCGGAGGAGGAGCCUUUCUCCUGGCCGGGGCCCAAGACGCUUCACCUGCGCCGAACCUCCCAGGGCUUCGGCUUCACGCUGCGACACUUCAUCGUCUACCCGCCGGAGUCCGCCGUCCACAACUCUCUGAAGGAUGAAGACAACGGCAGUCGAGGGCGACAGCGGAACCGGCUCGAGCCAAUGGACACCAUCUUCGUCAAGCAGGUGAAAGAGGGAGGCCCCGCCCACGGAGCUGGACUCUGUACAGGGGACCGGAUAGUGAAGGUGAACGGAGAGAGCAUCAUCGGGAAGACCUACUCGCAAGUCAUCGCUCUGAUCCAGAACAGCGAUGCCUCACUGGAACUCUGUGUGAUGCCAAAGGAUGAGGACAUCUUGCAGCUGUUCUCCAGGGAUAUCACUGCUCUGGCGUAUUCCCAGGAUGCAUAUCUCAAAGGAAAUGAUGCGUACAGCGGAAAUGCCCAGAACAUCCCCGAGCCCCCUCCCAUAUGCUACCCUCGGAUAGAAGUUAAGGCCGCGGGCAUGGCUCAGGCAUCGGAGCCCGCCGCCACCGCCGCAUUCGUUGAGACGCCCCCAGAGCCGGAUCAGGGACCGGCAAGAAGAGGGGGGGCCGUGGAAAAGAGCUACCGGGUUGAAAUCCCUGUUCCGCCAUCUCCCCCGCCCCAACAGUCUCAGACAGCGGUUUGUGUCUGUGGUGAGACUGCGAGGACAGCGGCAAUGCCUCCUGAUCCAGUUGAUAGGGGGUCCCGGGUGGCCCGGGCCGGACCAAGCCACAGGACAGAGGAAAACCGGUACAGUCCUUCGGCAGAUUCCGGCUCAGCGAGACCGAGACCUCUUAUUCCCUCGGUACCUGGGGGCGCGCAGUUGCAGUACCCCUCUUCCCGUCCCACAGAAAGCCCAGUCAACUCCCCCUCGUCGAGACCUGGCCCUAUCUAUCCGGACUCAUUGUCUCCGGCUGUGCGGUCCGCCGCCGCCUCGCCGGACACGUUCUCCAGCGCCAUCUCACCCAGCGCCAACCGCUACUCGCCCUCUCCCACGGCGCCCUCCACCUCUCCGCACCAGAACAUCGACUGGAAGACCUACACCACCUACAAGGACUACAUCGACGCCAAGAGGCUGCACACGUAUGGUUGCCGCACCAUCCAGGAGCGCCUGGACAGCUUGCGCGCGGCUGCCAAUUCCAGCUCCGCCUACGCCCAGCAACGCACGCCGCCUCCUCCCAGCUCCAGUCAAAGGGGGGCACUGGGCUCCCAGGUCAGACGGAGAAGCACCUCGAACGACCGCGGCGGCGGCGUGGAGAAGGGCGCCGCGGCGACUCCGUUACGCAGCGUCUCCCAAGAGAGGCUCGGGGCGGAGAGGACCACGGCGGACAGGAAUUGGCCCCGGAGCGCGUCCGAGGACGCCCUGCCUUUCUCCGGCGUCGCCGGAGUCCCCGAACCUCGGGCGCGGUCUUGCGACUACCUGGGCCAGCGGUCCGGAGACGCCGGGGGGGGGUCGGCCGUCUUCGGAGACCGGGUGGCGUUGGAGGACGGCUUGCUGCUGUGUCGGGGAGAGGAAGCCAGAGCCAGCCGGCAGGGAACGGGCCCGAGGGCGUCGCCUCGUCUGAACAGGAGUCUCCACGGACAGGAGCGCGACGGGCGAGGAGGCGGACUGUCCAACUCUGCUCCCGCGUUUACGAGAUUCACGACGGACUCCAACGCGAUCACGUCGCGGACCGACGGCGUCGUAAUGAGACCGUCGCGCCUGCCCGUCAACCACUCCGUCUCGGACCCUUCGACCGCCUCACCCUCCUCUCGACCCACGGACCCUCUCAAAGACCAACGAGCCAACGCGGCGGGCAACCGCCCGAGCCACUCGUCCCCUCUGCACCUGCUGCUCCGAGGCCGGGCCGACAGCCUGAAAAUGGAGAGCAGGUCGGAGGCCGGGUUGGCGGCCAGGUCCUCCUCUUGCUCCGGUACCUCCUCCAAACUGCAGAGCGUGGUCGUCGCUGCCUCUCCCCGUGCUUCCUCCGCCGCCAAUGGAGCCGUCACCCAAAAGCCAAAAGCCAGAGGACUGUCCAGUUCCACCAGCGCCCUCGUACGGACUAACGGCGGUUUUGCGGCGGGCGUGGAAGGACCGGACGCGACGGUCGUCGUCCUAAGAAGGGACAAGAACUCCGGGCCGCCCCACGUCCGCCCUCCGUCCUACGUGCUCGCCGUUAACGACAACCAGGGAGCGGGGACUCGCGAGCCGCCGCCGUUGGUGAAGGCCGGCUCCGCAGACGGAGCCAUGUGCUGGACGUCCGACGGCGGCGGCUUCAGGGAGGCCCGUCCGAGAAGACUCGGGGACGCGCGACAGAAGUCGGGCUCCGACAACUUGGACGACUCCCUGGAUUCGAUCCCCUUCAUAGACGAGCCGUCGAGUCUCGGCACCGACCCGGACAGCGCACACGUCCUCGCCUCCGCCGUCGUAUGCGGAGCGCCCAUCGUCAUCACCACGGUGCCGCCCAGCCCCGCCUCUCUGUCCCCGCUCCUCCGACGCCACAUGUCACAUGACCAAGAUUCUCUCCGUCUCACAAUUAUCGAGUCAGAUUCUGGUACCAAAACCGAGCGGUCCAAGUCGUGUGACGAAGGCCUGGAUAACUACUGGGGAGAGGUCAUCGCGGGGCCUUUGAUCCCGGGCCUGAAGAGUCUGAGGAAGGCGGUGGACCGGUCCUCUGAAGACUCGGGGUCCAGGAGGAACUCGUCCUCCGGCGUGUUCUGCGACGCCGUCCGGGAGGGACUGCUGCACUUCAAGCAGCUGAACACGGACAAGAGCAAGCGCGUCGGGGGAGGGGGGGGCAUGCGCCCGUGGAAGCAGAUGUACGCCGUGCUGCGCGGCCGCUACCUCUGCCUCUACAAGGACAGGAAGGAGGGGCGGGCGCACGCCAGCCGCCACGCGGUGGACGAGCCGCUGCCCAUCGGCAUCAAGGCGUGCCUCGUCGACAUCUCCUACAGCGACACCAAGCGCAAGAACGUGCUGCGCCUCACCACCGCGGACUGCGAGUUCCUGUUCCAGGCCGAGGACCGCCACGACAUGCUGGCCUGGAUCCGGGUCAUCCAGGAGAGCAGCAACCUGGACGAGGAGAACGCGGCCUUCACCAGCCACGACCUCAUCAGCAGGAAGAUCAAGGAGUACAACACCUUGAUGAGUCCGGCGGGCAGCAAGGCGGAGGCGUCGCCCAAAUCCUCGCGCAUCAGACAGACGCUGCUGGGCGGGAAAGGAGAGACGAGGGCGUCGAGCGCCCUCACGCUCAAACCGGAGCAGGAGAGGAGGAACACGCACAAAGAUGACACCAGCCCGCCCAAGGACAAAGGCAUGUGGAGGAAGGGGCUCCCGGGGCUGAUGAGGAAACCCUUCGAGAGGAAGCCGUCCCCUGCAGUGACGUUCGGCGUGAGGCUGGACGACUGCCCCCCCGCUCACACCAACAAGUUCGUGCCCCUGAUCGUGGAGCUGUGCUGUAAACUGGUGGAGGACCGCGGGUUGGAGUACACGGGCAUCUACCGGGUCCCCGGGAACAACGCCGCCAUCUCCAACAUGCAGGAGGAGCUCAACAACAAGGGCAUGCACGACAUCGACAUCCAGGACGACAAAUGGAGGGACCUCAACGUGAUCAGCAGUUUGCUCAAGUCCUUCUCGAAACUUCCAGAGCCGCUGUUCACCAACGAUCGGUACGCAGACUUUAUAGACGGCAACCGAACCCAGGACCCAGUGGAGAGACUCAAAGUGCUCAAGAGGCUGCUUCACGAGUUGCCCGACCAUCAUUACGAAACCCUCAAGUUCCUCUCGGCUCAUCUCAAAACUGUGGCUGACAACUCUGAGAAGAAUAAGAUGGAACCGAGGAACCUGGCCAUCGUGUUCGGCCCCACUCUGGUGCGCACCACCGAGGACAACAUGACCCACAUGGUGACCCACAUGCCCGACCAGUACCGGAUAGUGGAGGCCCUCAUUCAGAAUUACGAGUGGUUCUUCACCGACGAUGGAAACGGAGAUCCAGUGACUAUAUCUCGCCAGGAGAGCGCGGUGGAGUCUCAGCCGGUGCCCAACAUCGACCACCUGCUCACCAACAUCGGCCGCACGGCCACGUCGCAGGGCGAAGUAUCAGAUUCACAGACUAGUGACUCGGCUAAAUCAAAGGGUUCCUGGGGCUCGAAGGACCGAGAGCUGCUGGUCUCCUCCAUCUUUGCUGCCGCCAGCCGCAAAAGAAAGAAGUCCAAGGAGAAGCCGCCGCCCAGCAGCUCAGACGAUGACCUGAUGGAGGCCGCCGCCCCCGGCCAGAAGGCCAACCACCACGAGGCCCGGGGCGAGGCCCGGCCCGGCCUCCUCCUCCACGCCGAGCCGCCGGCGGAGGAGAGGCAGGAGAACGGGAGGGCGCCGGAGGUCACGCCGAACGCCAAGCGGGAGCACAGGAAGGAGCCGCCGCCGCCGCCGAGCCCCGACCGGACCGCGGCGAAGCCGUCUCCGCCGGACGCCCCGUCGCCCCGGACGGACGACAACACCUCCGACCUCGGGACCAUGAGCUCCGGGGCGUCGGCGCCGCGGUCGAGGCCGAAGAAGUGGAGCGGCGCCGAGGUGAGCUCCGUCACCUCGGACUACUCCACCACGUCGUCCGUCACGUUCCUCGCCGGCGCCCUGAGCCCGGAGCCGCACGGCGGCGAGGAGGCGGACGACGAGCGCAGCGAGCUGCUCGGCGAGGGCCGGCCGGCGGAGACGGACAGCGAGAGCGACGACCCGGUGUUCGCGCCGGGCGGCGGCCGGUCGACGCCGCGCGGCGAGACCGCCGAGGUCGGCGGGGCGGCGGCCGCGAAGCUGGAGGCGCGGCGCCUCUUCCCGUCGCAGCGGAGGAUCGAGGGCGACGCCCUCUCCGGGCGCCGGGCACUCCGGCAGAAGACCGACAGCGAGUCGUCGGCGGAGGGCGUCGCCGGGGGCGAGGCGGCGGCGGCGGAGUCGUCCACGCGGCUCUCCCGGGUCCUGGAGGUGAUGAAGAAGGGGCGGUCCACCGGCAGCCUGAGCUCGUCUUCGCGCAGCGAGUCGGAGCGACCCGAGCCGCCCGGCGCCGCCGUCUGGCACCUCAAGAUCACGGAGCGCCUCAAGUCCAAGUUGCGCUCCUCCGCCGACGACAUGUUCGCCCAGAAGAGCCGCGGCGGCGGCAGGAAGAAGAACAUCCGGCGCCGCCACACCCUGGCCGGCCAGAGGGACUUCGCCGAGCUGGCGGUCGCCAACGACUGGCGGCGGCUCGGCGGCGCCGACCCGACCGCCGAGCCGUCGGCUCUGGACCGCCUGAAGCCGCGCUGCUCCUCCCAGGACGUCUCCAUCCGGGACUGGAUCAGCAGGGAGCGCCACAACGGCUCCGACUCGGGCGCGGAAGCGGCGCCGAGAGCCGUCCCCGAGGAGGCCCGCCCGGCGGCUCCCGAGGGUCCGCCUCCUCCUCCUCCUCUUCCUCCUCCUUCUUCGCCGCCCGCGGGGGAGCACGUCAACGGCGGCGGGCCGCAAGGCAAGAACAACAAAGCCGGCGUGGGGGCGGAGCCUCACCCCAACAAACUGUCCGCGGCGCACGUGGUCCGCUCGCGGUUCUACCAGUAUCUGUGAAACAGGAAGGGGGCGGGGCUUGUCUGAGAGGACUUUGUUUUGGUUUUUAAAGGAACGAAUGCGUAAAUGUACGAAUGAGUAUUUCUAGCGAAGGUUACUGCACAAUAUUUUUUCUACAAAGUAUACUUUAUGUAUCUCGUGUACAUACUCGUGUCACGGGAUCUCCUACGUGCGACGGGGUCCCUGAACGUUGCGUCAGAUGAACUUUACGGAUUGUUAAACGCCGAUGAAGAUGAAGAAGAGGAGGGAGCUUCUCUCGGUUCGGCUCCUCCUCUUCGGGAUGAAGGGCGUUAUGGACUAACUCUCGUUGCUCGUGGCGAUGUUGUCAACACGAUACGUCCGCCUGUGUUUCGCCUGUACUUGAAGUAUCGGGCGUCCUGAGCUGCUUUCUGCGCCGCGUGCUGGGGGAAGUUUUAUUUUUUCACAGUACCGUCAUAACCGGCCGGAUAUUAGCUGAAUGGAGGAUUUAUUAUAGUUUUUAUUAAAUAAUGACUGAAAAAAACAACAACACACACAACAAGAAACAACACAUGAAAUGCUGAUACUAUCGUAUUUAAUGCUUGGUACAGUUUUUAUUUCAACAUUUUUACACGUUGUUUUUAUCUCAAAAAGAAUAAGUGCCUCUUUUUCCCCCCCCUUUUUUUUAAAGACCGUUUUUACCAGAAACACUUUGAGGAGGAAAUGAUCCAGGAGAGGAGAGUUCACGUCAACGUCAGAGCAUUCAGGUGCUUUUAUUUUAUUUUGAAAAGCAGUGACAUGCAUGAGGGCGCUCAGAAGAGGGAGGAGCCACACAAGCAACUGCAUGAGACGAUGUGUUGUGACAGUGAACAUCUGGCCUGUGGAACCAGAGGUGCAACAAACACUGGAAAUAAAUCAUCUUUAUGAAG